CUCACAUGGCGUUGUGUAUUUGUUGAACUCGAUGCUGUAAACGAGCAGACCCAAGAUUGGUUCUAAACCACCACGACCCCACUGCGCUUUCCCUGCCCGCUAUUAUAAUUUCCCUUCACUUCCUUCCUUCAUGACUGUUAUAAUCCCUCACUUCGGUCAUAUCAUGCACCCUACAAAACGUAUCCGUCGUACAGCAACAUCUGUAAUGGCUGGCUAUUGCGACCCCCGGCCAACGCGCGAUGUGCUGACUUGUUUACUCAACGGGGUCCCUCCAUAUUCAGAGGAAGACAAGGCAGAGGAGGCAAAAUAUAAUGCACAGCUGAAGAGAUUACAGAAGAAAGAACGUGUGGAAGUCAAGAGAGAGCGUGAUAAGGAGCGUAGAAGAUUGGAGAGGGCGCGUGAAAAGGCACUCAAGCAGCAACAAUCGAUAUCAGCACCCCCCGUGGCUAGUUCAAGCAUGUUAUCCAGCUCCAGUAAACCUUCGCAGGCUCCUACAGCUUCAUCCUCCUUCUUCACCAGACCGAACAUUAAAUUACCCACCCAUCAUCGGGCGACGUCGGUCACGCCGCCACCACUCAGCUCACCGUUACCGUUACCCUCGUCCCACGAAAACACUCCUGACCCCUCCAUUUCAUCGAGUACAUCGCGUACAUCGUCCAAAAGGCCAAGAACCCCCGAUGACGAUGAAGAAAUUGCACCGAUAUUGCCACCUCCAGAACCAAAGCUGAAAAGGAAGCGAGUCGCAGUCAAGAAGGGCUGGAAAGGCUGGGUGGAAGGUUCUCCCCCUCCAUCGGAGAAGUUAAUCAAUUUAGAUGCCGUCCCAAUCCUUCAGGAACGAAGGACACGUAGUGGGAAGAAUUUUGACGCUAUUGGAGUGGGCAAGGAUGGUUGGGUAUGAUGUAGUAUAGAUGCUCUCCAAGCUAUCGACUGCGAAAAAUAGAGAAGUAGUUGACGCUAUUGUCUUCCUCGCUCUCUUCCACUUAUGCUCCAAUAUUAAAACCUCGCUUUGCUUUUGUUGAAGUGUGUUCAUCUGUAUUCCAAGGUCCUUUCUGUCCUUCGUUUCGCGCACCGACCCACUGUACGUAUUUCUUAAGGCUUUCUUUUUAACGUCCAUCUUGCAUUCUACUUGUAUCAUUUCAUUUUCCUCAACGCAAUUGGUUCUCCUUGGGUCCUUGUUUUCUGAAUGGCUUCAUUUCGGUUGAUUCGACCUUGUUUCUUUUUUACUUGUGGUAAGCUGCUAACUACAAGCUGGUUUCCAAGAUCUAGUAUACGAUAUAGGCCCAGACAUACCCUAUUAUCUCUAUGACGGUGGCUUGGAGUCUGCAGUCAUCGUUAUGUUAUCCGCUGAUGAACCCCUACUACAUACAUAUACAUUCAUUUAUUGUGUUAUUGUGCAUCAGUGAUCACGCGAAUUCAUCAAGAAAGCUCUUGAAAGCCUUGCAG